UAAUGGAACUUAGCAACGAUUCAUAUGACUUUAACGGUCAAAACUUUAUGUGUCGUGUUUGUACUUCGUCCAAUUUGUUAAUCAACAUAUUUCUAAAUGAGGACCACAACAUAGCAGCGAAAAUCCAGUUCUGUGCUUCUGUUCAGAUUGCCGAAAAUGAUGAUCUUCCCCAUCACAUAUGCAGUCAAUGUUACACUGACUUGGAGAUUGCUUACGCAUUUCGAAGCAGAUGUGAGGAAUCGGAUGAGAAACUACGACUUAACAAUAAAAAGGAUGAGCUGUCGCUAAAGUCAGAGAACGACGACGAUAACGCAGAACUUUUAACACAAAAUCAGAAUAAUAAUCAUGUAAAAAGUGAGGAUAAUUCGUCCAACUUAGACUUUGAACAAGUCGAUUGCGAACUUUUGCAGGAUUACAUUGAAACUACAGAAACAAUUAGUGAUUCUAAAAACCAGUUAUCGCACGAUCACACAAACCAAACUGUAGAAAGUUUGAUUUGUGAAGCAUGUGAUGAAGUAUUACCUAGCAGAAAUGAAUACUUGGCACAUGUAAAAACACAUGGUAAAAGACGUUUUCGAUGUAAAAUAUGUGACAAGUGGUUGGCUAGAAGAUCAUCAUUUUUGCAACAUCAACGUCGGCAUCUUGGAGUAUCGAAAUUAUUUUCGUGCAAAUUAUGUAAAAAAGAAUUUAGUUCUCGCCCUAAUUUGCGGAGACACAUCUCAGAGAUACACAAUCGGCUUCGCAAUUUUACCUGUACUUUAUGUGGAAGUUCAUUUGCUCAAAAAACUCAUUUGCAAGCUCAUGCGGCCACUCACAUAGGUCAGUCGUACAAGUGUUCCAAAUGCCCAGCUACAUACCGAUGUGAACAAUAUCUUUUACGUCAUGAACAGUUACAUUUACUUCCUGAAGAACCAAACCAUGAGUUAAUGUUUGAACAAAAAUCUUACAAAGCAUAUACACAGAGCAAACAAUAUAUUUGCGAAUAUUGCGGAAAGAUUUACAACAAUCAAGCUACUUAUGUAGUACAUACGCGAACGCAUACAAAAGAAAAGCCGUAUAACUGUUUCUAUUGUGAAAAAAAGUUUACAUCUUCUGGUUUUCGGAAAAAACAUAUGAAAAUCCAUACAGGCGAAAAACCUUUCAAAUGCGACAUCUGUGGAAGAUGCUUUCGGGAGAAAGCGCAUUUAACCACGCAUAGUGUAACACACAAGCAGGAUCGAAACCACGUAUGUCCAAUUUGUUCAAAAGCCUUCAAGUUGAAAUCUAUUUUGAACAGUCAUAUGAAGUGUCAUUCAAUAUGCAACCGAAACUUAGACUCUGAAUAAUU